AUGACAGCCGCUACUGCAAACAACAGCACGCGUGCUUCAUUGGACGAAGAGCAUUCUACAAGCAUGAAAAAGAGGAAUCUAUCACUACCAAAGCUAUCUCAUCUGCGCACCACAAACAGAUCCAACAAUGCGGAUGUUGAGUUACCGACACCCACCACCAGUACAACCAUGAAUUACUGUUCUGAUAACGAGGAAACACACCGCAGAAAGAGACACAGUAUGGCAUCCAUACCCUCCAUGAAAGAUGUGGCUACUACAAACACAACAGCAGCACCCUCUGUACACUCUCGUAAUCGCAGGAAAUCGUCAUCUGCCACCUCGGUCAUUAAUCUAUUGGAGAAUGACUUUAUUGAGCUGAUACCCAUUGAUCAAGUGAACUCGUCCAAAGAAGCAAUAACAGGCUCCUAUCUUGCUGAGGAUCCAGGAAAUUACGUGCUGAUUUUUGACAACAUGUUUUCGAGAAACACAUCCAAAUCACUGACAUUCUCAGUAACAAGCGAUGAGCCUAUUGACGAAGGAUUGGAUUUAGAUAACGACAUGUGUGGCUGGCUGCUGAAAAAAAGGAGAAAACGGAUGCAAGGUUGGGCAAAACGAUGGUUUGAAUUGUCAUCGACGGGUGUAUUGUCUUAUUCAGUCAGGAACGGAGAUAUCAAGCGAGGAUCGCUCCAGAUCAUGCUAGCCACCAUCUCUAUUGCCCCCAAGCAGCGCACUAUUCACAUUGAUUCAGGUACAACCACAUUCCACCUAAAAGCACUCUCCGCAGACGACUUUGAUCGGUGGCUCAACAGCAUCCGGAAACAGAGAUCAGAUACCUUGACGGAAUCAUGGCAGCACGGCAAUGGCACAAUGACCCAUGCAGCAGACAUUCAGUCUGCUAUCAGUCUGGUGCCAGAUAGCAUCACCACACGGGACGAUGCAUUCGAGCGAAACCAUCAAGUGAUUGUCUCUGCUUUGCAUAAUCUAGAUGCAGAAAUAAGAAGCCUCGCAUUCAUUGCCAAAGAACUGAGUCAGCUGCCUCAUGAUGCUAGCAGUAGUGAAUCACUCAUCUCACAGCUGCAGCAACAGCAGCAGUCAGUGGCAGUACCUGUCUUACACUCUCACAGCAGCAGCAGCAGCAGCAAACUCAUGCGAUUUCCAUUCAUGCGUGGCUCUUCUUCCAACAGUAUACCUGAUGACCACACCACCCAGCUUACUUCUGUAUCCUCCUCUCAUCAAGCAAGUCUGGACAAACUGCAUGCCUGCAUCGAGGCGUUGAUCGAGCAACGAGAUAAGCUGUCAACCGCUUAUAACGACACUUACGAAAACUACACCAACGCAGCUAUCAAUUCACUUGAGAUUCCUAGCAGAACAGGCACAGGCUUCUUAUCUCAUCGCGCCGCUAGCUACUACUCUUACAGCGCUCAUUCAGACCAGUUUUUUGAUGCCGAGGACGUUUUACUGAACGAAGACAACGAAUCCACUUAUGGGUCCAUCGUGAUUGACUCGGAAGAUGAAGAAGACCAUCAAGGCAACACCAUAGACAAGACUGCGCUUGCCCUGCCAAACAUAAAGCGCAGAACAAAACUGCCUCAUCCUGUAGCUGUGCGAAAUAUAUCUGUGCUGGGCAUAUUACGCAAAAACAUUGGCAAGGACUUGUCCACCAUCUCCAUGCCGAUCAGUCUCAAUGAGCCUGUCAAUUUUCUGCAACGACUCUGUGAGGAAUUGGAGUACUCAGAGUUACUAGAUAAAGCAGCGACGCUCUCUUCAUCCAUGGAUCGGCUCAUGUAUGUUGCAGUAUUUGCCAUCUCAGGUUACGCAGCCACACAGUAUCGCAUUGGUCGCAAGCCGUUCAACCCAAUGAUGAGUGAGACGUAUGAAUGUAUCAGGCCUGACAAAGGGUUUCGAUUUAUCGCCGAGAAAGUAUCGCAUUAUCCCAAUGUGAUGGCUUGCUUUGCAGAGUCCAAGACAUUUACAUAUAGGCAAACCAAUCUUGGAAAGACGAAAUUCUGGGGAAAAUCGCUGGAACUCAUUACAGAGGGGCAGAGCCACAUUUCCAUCAAGGGACAUCAAGACGAAUACACCUAUUCAAAGCCAUCGAGCUGGCUCAGGAAUCUAAUAACAGGCACCAAGUACUUGGAGCACAUUGGUGAGAUGAAAGUUCAGAAUCACACCACAGGUGAGUAUGCUGUGAUCACCUUUAAAGAAGCAGCCACUGGAUCCACCUCGUUCUUUUCAUCCAACAACAACAGUGCCAUGUAUCGCAACAACGUCGUGGCCAAGUUUUUCGAUUGCCGUGGAUCUCUGAUUCGAGAAGUGGAAGGUAAAUGGAGUGAUAGCUUAUCAGAGGUGGUUGGCCCUGAUCAGUAUGCGGUUAUUUGGCGCUGUAAACCACCUGGCAUACCGGAUUACACCGACUACUAUGGAUUGACGUCCUUUGCCACGGAACUCAACGAAAUCACAUCACUGGAGCAAGGCAAGUUGCCCAUCACAGAUACUCGAUGUCGACCAGACCAGCGUUUGUUUGAACAGGGGCAGGUGCAAGAAGCAGAGGAUGAAAAAGUGCGAAUCGAGCAGUGUCAGCGAGAACGAAGAAAGCAGUUUGAGUCUAUUGCAAAGCCAUGGAAGCCGUUGUGGUUUGAACUUGUCAGGGAUGAAUAUGCGCACACAGGUGAAUCGUGGCAGUAUAAGGGCGGCUAUUGGGAGGCGAGAGAAACAGGUCAAUGGCCAAGAGAAAUGCUGCAAUUAUGGUAG